AUGUCAUCCCUGUAUUCAAAGAAGAGUCUUCUUGGGCUGUCCAUGGUGGCGGCCCUAGCUACUCCCGCGAUCGCCAUUGCUUUUGAUUACGGCACCACCAAAAUUCGCGGUGUCAACAUUGGCGGCUGGCUUGUGACGGAGCCUUGGAUUACACCCUCGAUCUACGACAAUGCGGGCUUCGACGCAGUUGACGAGUGGACAUUAUGCACAAUCCUCGGAGCUGAUCAGUGCCGCUCAGUUCUCGGACAGCACUGGGCUACUUGGGUGACGCAAGAUGAUUUCAAUCAGAUUGCUGCUGCCGGCAUGAACCACGUGCGCAUUCCGAUCGGUUACUGGGCUGUGAACCGCGUGGCCAGCGAGCCCUAUGUGGAUGGCCAGCUGCAGUAUCUUGAUGCUGCUAUUGGAUGGGCUCGUGCAGCUGGUCUCAAAGUGAUGGUUGAUUUGCAUGGUGGUAAGCAUACAAGAAAUAUUUUGGAGCCCGAGGCCCUUUCCCUCCACCUUUCCUUCUAUCCUGGUCUCCGUUCACUGACUGUUCAUCGAUCAUUCCCAGCUCCUGGAUCGCAAAAUGGGUUCGAUAACAGCGGCAGACGUGGCGCAAUCAACUGGCAGCAGGGCAAUAACGUCCCAGACACCAAGAACGCUCUGCAGACUCUCGCAGCCCGCUAUGCCGGCGACACAGAUGUCGUCACGGCCAUUGAAGCAUUGAACGAGCCCAGCAUCCCCGGUGGUGUCAAGGAAGACGGUCUCCAGCAGUACUACUUUGACGCAUGGGGUGUGUCCCGCCAAGCCAGCUCCGAGACCGUCGUAGUGCUUCACGAUGGCUUCCUGCCCACCGAGUCCUGGAACGGAUUCAUGAGCGCCUCCAGCAAUUUCUACUAUGUCAUGAUGGACACUCACCACUACGAAGUCUUCGACAGCGGCCUGCUAACCCUCGACACCCCUGCCCACAUCGGAAACACCUGCAAGUUUGUCAACGACCAUGUCCUCACCAGCGACAAGUGGACUGUCGUCGGCGAGUGGACGGGCGCCAUGACCGACUGUGCCAAAUACCUGAACGGCAGGGGCAUUGGCGCUCGCUACGACGGAUCUUAUCCUGGUAGCACUGCGGUCGGUAGCUGCGACGGCAAGUCCUACGGCAACAUCGACACCCUGACCCCCGAUGAGCGCACCAACAUCCGCAAAUUCAUCGAGGGUCAACUGGAUGCCUACGAGAAGGGCAGCGGUUGGUUGUACUGGACCUGGAAGACCGAGGGAGCUCCCGAGUGGGACAUGCAGAAGCAGAUUGCCGGUGGCAUUUUCCCCAGCCCCGUCACCAGCCGCCAGUUCCCUGGUCAAUGCUGA